AUGCCUUCUAAGCGCGAACAAAUCAGUCAGGAGCCAACAACUCGUCUUCCCUCUCAAUCUUCGUUUGAGAAGAUCAAGAAAGAUCCGCAGUCAUCGCUCACAGUCACUUCACUCUCCGCAUACAGGCGUAAACGUUCUGCCGACGAGCACACCGACGAUCCAGCUCUGGCACUGUCACCUAAGAAGCUCAAGCCAACAUCAAAUAGCGCAUCAGCAGGCACAAAAACGCUCGUCGCAACCAAUUCCAAAGCAAAUGGAUCAAAGUCGACUCUCGUCCCACGCGGUACCCGCAAGAAGGCCAGCAUCAGCCACAAGGAUGAAUCCCUCCUGCGCAUGGUCUGCGACUGCUCCACCACAAACAGAGUCACCGAGCUGCACUUCCGCAAAAUUCCCCAUUCAAUGAUCGACUGGAACUCCGCCCAUCAUAUCAGUAGAAUCAACGCCUGGCGCAACCAAAUCUACGGCCGCGCCGGUCUCAAGGCCCGCUCCGUCAGCCUGUGGUACGAACAAGAGGAUCUUUGGUUCGAGCUGUACUUCCAGCUAUCGAUUGUAGAAUCACGCAAGCGCGGUAUCCUGCUUCCGGCGAGCAGACAAGUCCGCGAUGCGUUCAACGCGACGUUCGUGGGUAGCGUGAUUCAAGAUAGGGCUGGCAACGAUCUUCCGCCUCGUGUUGAGCGCGAGUCCAACGCUUUUGCUUCAAAGUUCAAACGCAUGUAUCCUGUUCUCAGGGCUCGACUUAAUAGCUGUAUCUUUGGCAAGUCAGGCGAUACGUAUAUACCCAGGAUUACGUUCAAGAUGAUGGAGAGGUACAAGGCGAUGAAGGCAGACAUUGCAGCCAAGGGUAUUGAGUGCGAAUCGGAGUAUGCGGAUCAUCUUGAGGAUUGGCAGCACUUCUUGUUGCAUCUACCAGAUGCCGACCAUGUCGAGAUUCAGGAUGUGACUAAAGAGGAGGAAGACAACAAGGAGAUGGAAGCGAAAGAGGUUGACGCCGUUGCUGCUUUGAUCAGCCUUGCGCACUCGCCGAUCAACUCCCAAGCCGCCCUUUCACCUACUCUUGGAGCACCUCACAACACUGAUGCUACUAACGAGCAAACGACCCCCGAGCUGAUCCGCUCAACUCGUCCCUCAUUCUCCCAGGCUUCAGAAAGUCCCUUCACUCCGCCUCAGCACGUCCUUCCCUUGGAAAUUCCCGUUCGUAACCCUGAUGGCAUCUUUGGCUGCGACCAUACUGUCACUAGUCCGCUUGUCAAGGCUCACGACGUCGGAGAGCACAACUAG